AUGUUGAGUUUAGCUGACAAUAUUAUGAGAGCUAUCAAUUUCUGUUUCUUCGUCAUCUGUAUGGGUUUGAUCGGUUCUUUGCUGGCGACUGAAAAAGGACACAGUUCAAGAGUUAACUACUGUAUGUUCGUCCCACCAUUUGCUGUUGUCACCGACUCUUUCUAUGGUAUAUUAGCUAACAUAUGGACCACUCCAUUUGCUUGGCCUAUUAUUUUGUUCGCUUUCGAUUUCUUAAACUUUGCCUUCACUUUCACAGCAGGUACUGUUUUGUCUGUUGGUAUUAGAACUCACUCUUGUAAGAACAGAAAUUACAUAGACAACAACAAGAUUAUUCAAGGUUCUACUGACAGAUGUAGAAAGGCUCAAGCUUCCAUCGCCUUCUUCUACUUCUCCUUUUUCAUCUUCUUCGUCAAGGUUGUCAUGUCCGCCAUCAACUUGUUGUCUAACGGUGCCAUGGGUUUCUCAACUCCAUCCAUCGGUAGAAGAAGACAUCACACUGCUAACAUUGGUGUCCCAGGUGCCUCUUCUCCACAAGUCGGUGUCCCAAACAUCUCUCAAGUUUAA